CGUUAAGAUCUAAAGUGAACAAGCCAAGUUGAAGAUGCGUGCUGUCGUCGUUUUCGUCGUUGUGAUUUUCGCACUCCUCAGUGUCCUGGAGGCUGUGCCCGCCCCCCAGUUUGGCUACGGUGGCUUCGGAGGCGGAUAUCCUGGCUACGGGGGAUUCGGAGGAGGAUUUCCCGGCGGCUAUGGUGGAUACCGGGGCGGUUAUCCCGGAUACGGAGGCUUCAACGGCGGCGGAUUCGGUGGUGCUAGUGCCUCCGCCUCUUCCUCGGCCUCCGCCGGCGGUUACGGUUUCGGCAGAUAAAAAGUCCUGUCGAACAAAAUAUUCUUAAAACUAUUUAAUAAACCAAAUUCUAUACUAUUGUGACCU